AUGGACGGCUCAAGCUUUGCGAUACCGGCGGAUGUGAAUAUCACAGAGCAGUUCAACGAGCUGCUUCGGCAACAUCGCGCGCCGCCGGUCGUCAAGAAGGUGUCUCUGGAGGACCUUGACAGCUUUCUACAGGAGGCAUACCGAAUUAACUCACACAUUACAAACCUACACCAGCAACUCAAGGAUGUACGGCAAGCAUAUCUCUCGACGGCGCAACCCCGCCGCGCACAAGUCCGACUCGCCCAGAACCAGCCACGAGUCCUCUCCGACCGAGAACGAGAAGAAAUCGACGCCAAUGCGAAGCAGAUGAUUCGGGAGCUCAACGCGAGCAUACGAUCGCUGGACGAAGCCGAACAGCUCCGCCGAGAGACCGAGGCGGCCAUCAUCCGUAAAAAGUACACAAAGGGGCUGGGCGCCCUCGGCUCGUGGGCAUCCGGUGGCCUCGCCAGCAGUAAAUCCGCGGAGCAUGCCGCAGCCAAGGCGCAAGCUCUGCAGUUGGGAGGCUAUCGGGACGGCGUGCUGUGGUUUCUGCGGCAGCGGCUGGAGCUGUGUUGUCGCACGCAGCAAGACAUGAUGGAGACGAGACUGCGCAGAGAGCUGGAGAAGAGCCGAAGCAUGCUGCCGAUGGGGGAUUUGGCAGAGUUUGCCCCGACGGCUUACAAACCGCAGCGGCAGGCGACGUCGGGACACACCAUGGCCCCUGGCACCGAAGAAUCAUCUGCUCCGAUUACAGAGGGUUUGACAGACGAACAGGUUCAGAUGUUUGAGGAGGGCAACCAAAGCAUGAUGGAGCACUACGAGAGCACGUUGGACAAAGUGAGAACCGCGGAAAAGUCUCUGCUAGAGAUUUCGGAGCUCCAGACGCUGCUGGUAAACAACCUCACAGCGCAGUCCGAGAAUAUCGAAUUGCUCGUGGCCGAUUCGGCGUCGAUGGCGGAUAACGUUGGUGGAGGAAACAAGCAGCUCAAAAAGGCCACCCAGCGGCCGAGCACGGCACGAUAUACAUUUUUUGCGGCCAGCGGGUUGUGUGCAUUCCUGAUACUGUGGGACCUGAUUAUAUGA